AAUUGAUAGAUGGCGUUUAUGUCAAGACCACGAUAGAUAUUCGAAAUUCGAAGGAUUCGUAUUUUAAUAAAAACAAAUUAAAUUAAAUCAAAUUAAAAGUUUUUCUAUGAAUUACUUGCUUUGUGAAUAUGUAUAAAACGAAGAAUGAUAUAAUAAUUCGUAUCCAAUCUCCUGAAGGGACACGAAGAGUACAAUGUGGCUUAAAAGAAAACAUAUCUGGUUUUUUUAGAAUGGUUCAAGAGGCCUUCGCUUUUUCAUCUCCAAAAGAUUUCAAGAUCUAUAAAGAUAGAAGUAAUAGAGAUGAGAUUAUUCCCUCUGAUAUAAAAAGAUUAUCUGAUAUUAAAAUCAGGCAUGGUGAUAUGUUAUAUUUAGUGCCUAAAGAAACACAAAGACAAGAUUUUGUUGCUUCAACUUCACAACCUAUGGAAAGUGAAACUACACAGGGGCACAUUACUUCAGUUAAUUUUUCUAAUCCUGCAUUUCAAGAAGAUGAAGUAGAUACAUUAUUAUUUAAACAAGAUGGUUACAUACAUAGAGAAAGAGAUGAAAAGCUAUGCAGCCAUGGUCAUAAUGCAAAAUGCAUGAAUUGUUUACCAAUAGAGCCUUACAAUGAGGAUUAUAUGAAGGAACAUAAUAUCAGACAUAUGUCAUUUCAUGCUUACCUUCAAAAAUUGAUAGGUGGUGCAAACAAGGGAAAAUUUGCAGCAUUAGAAAAUAUUAGUUGUAAAAUAAAACCUGGUUGUAAAGAACAUGCUCCAUGGCCUGCAGGCAUUUGUACAAAAUGUCAGCCUAGUGCUAUCACAUUAAAUAGACAAAGGUAUCGUCAUGUAGAUAAUGUAAUGUUCGAGAAUACUUUUCUUGUAGAACGCUUUUUAGAUUACUGGCGCUGUACUGGCCAUCAACGUUUGGGGUAUUUAUAUGGCAAAUAUGAAAUACAUAAAGAUGUUCCUCUUGGAAUUAAAGCAUCUGUAGUAGCUAUUUAUGAACCACCUCAAGAAGGAACUAGAGAUUCUCUGAGACUAUUACCUGACGAUAAGGCUGAGUUAGUAGAUGUUUUGGCCAAGAGCUUAGGUUUACAAAGAGUUGGCUGGAUAUUCACUGAUCUCAUUGCUGAAGAUCGUCAAAAAGGAACGGUGAAACAUCUUAGGAAUUCUAAAACAUAUUUUUUGAGUGCCCAAGAAUGUAUAAUGGCUGGAUAUUUUCAAAAUCAACAUCCCAACCCUUGCAGAUUAUCUUCAGAUGGUUAUUUUGGUUCAAAAUUUGUAACUGUCUGUGUAACAGGAGAUCAAGACAACCAUGUCCACACAGAGGGAUAUCAAGUGUCAAACCAGUGUAUGGCAUUGGUGAAGCACAAUUGCUUAAUCCCUACCAAAGAUGCACCAGAGUUAGCAUAUGUUAAAGAAUCUAGUAAUGAACAGUACAUUCCUGAUGUAUUUUAUAAGGAAAAAGACAAUUAUGGAAAUGAAGUUAGUAAACUAGCAAGACCUUUUCCUGUGGAGUACUUACUACUGGAUGUGCCGGCAUCCACCCCAGUGGAACCGCAGUAUACAUUUGUUGUGGAUUCAACUAUUCGAUCGUUUCCAGUCGAAAAUAGACUAAUUGAAGGCCAUAUUCAGGACUUCAAUGCAUUGGUUCAGUACAUGAAUCAGUUUGCAAAAAGUAGGUUUUUGGAGGCCAUGUCAGAUUUCCACGUGCUUAUGUACAUCGCCACCACAGAUAUGUUGCCUCUCAAGGAUCAUCUGGAACCUUUAUUAGAGGCCGUAAGAACAAAAAAUCGGGAACUGGCAAUGGACUGGUGUCGAAGCGAACACUGGGCGACGGUGGAGCACUUGAUGGCUGCGCAAGAAAAUACUUCAUCUCUGCCUCACUUAAACACUAGUGCUGCAGUCGGAGCAUCUUCGAACCCGAUGUGGACAUGUAGAUUUUGCACAUUCCUGAAUCAGCCCGGCAGCGAAGUCUGCGAAAUGUGCAGGCUCCCGCACUGAUUCUUUUCACCCGCGCUUUUGUCCGUAAUACUUUAAAGUCGACGAGAUUACAAAAAUUUGCAUUUACGGAAGAACAAAAAGUACACACGAAUAACUCCUUUUUGAUACAAAUAGAACUUAUAAAAAAAUUAUAAAACCCAACUUUAGGAUUAUUUAAUAGAAAAUUAUAAAUUGCCUUUAGAUUUAUUACGGUACCGUUUUAAGUCGGCUCGUCCGCUUUACGACGCCACGGACACGUCACGCCCGAAUGCAAGCCGGAGAGGAAUUUCUUAUUUCUAUUUAUCCGGACGACAAUCCGAGACAACGGGGAAAGGAAAAGUAAUUGUUGGGGACAAUUUGAAACAAAAUGUAUUGUUUACGAGAGUAAAAAUAAUGAAAAUAUAUGUUGAGUGUUAAAAAAAAA